GUCACCCCUGGCCCUGCAGGGUGGCUCCUGCUGCAGCCCAGAAGCUCCCAGGCACAAGGCGGUUGCUGGUCCUGCCUCCUGACUUCCUCGGACAGGCUGCUCAUUUCUGUGUCCCCUUGUGUCUGUCACAGAGUGUAACGUCACCCGCAAGGGGCACAGCCACUGUGCUUGCCGCCCUGGGUACCAGUGGAGCGACCGCCACUGCUCUCGUACCAUGUCCUGCCCCUCCCACCACCACAACAGUCAGCCCUGUGACUGUCGAAUCUUCAGCGGUUCUGUCCCCGGCUACUGCCAGUGGCUGCCACCUGUGCCCGGGAACCUGACCCUGAACUCCGAGCCGCAGCUGCCAGGUGACAAGCUGAACCUGACUCUGCUUGUGACCCACAAUGCCACCAACCUGAAAUGGUUCCUGAGACGUACAGACAAUGGCAAACGCAUCCCCCUGCGCUCGGGGGCGCAGGUGUCCCUGAGCUCCGGCCAGGGCCAGGCCAGCCUCAGUGUCACCUGCACGUCCUCCUCCUGGGCAGGUGAGUACAUAAUCUACUUCGAGGCCCAGGGAUUUACCUGGAGGCUGCAACAGGUGGUGAAGGUGCCCCUGCAGACGACGGAAGUGGUUCUGUUCCCAGACCAGCUGUCCAUCUCCUGCGAUGCCUCCCCUGGCUUCCAGCUGAGCUGCUGCUUUCCAAGCACAAACCUGGACUACACCGCUGCCUGGAGCCCCAGGGAGGACAGCCAAGUGUCCUUGGUCAACAGGAAAGACUCUAGGUGCCUACUGCUGGACGUCCAGCGCUGCCCGGAAGCCAACACCAUGUACACCUGUGUGCUGGAGAGUCCGGGCCUGGCUCCUCUUAGGAGAUCUGUCGCUGUCACCAUCAUCCAGGACGGAGACAUCGUCUGCCCUGACGACUUCUCGGAGGCUGCCUGGAAAGUUACUAAAGCUGGCCAUGUGGCCCAGGUCCCAUGUCCCAUGGACAAGACAGGCAUGGUGGCGAGGCCCUGUGGGCCUGAUGGGGUCUGGGGGCCCGUCUGGAACAGCUGUACAGACACGAGGAUCCUGGCCUUGUACGAAGAAGCCAGGCUGCUGCAGGGCGGCCAGGGAAAGCCGAAUAACAAGGUGCCCCAGAUCCUGGCAAAGCUGCAAGACUACGCAGAGGAGACGGCCUCGCCCUCCGACUUCCGGAAACUGCUGAGCACCGUGAAAAUACUGGCCGAGGUGGUGGCAGAGGCUGGAACAGCGCUUAAGCCCAGUGCCCUUAAGGAUCUCCUGACACUCACAGACAAGGUCCUAGACACGAACACCAGCUCUCUGUGGACCCGGGCCCAGGCCCAGGAGCCCGAGAUGGGCUCAUAUUUCCUGCAGGCUUUGGAGACCCUGGUGUGCAGCCUGUCUCCCAAGGAUCAGCCCUUCUCCUUCAGCUCCUCCAAUGUGCUGCUUCAGGCUCAGCUCCUGGACCCCACAUCUGCUGGUGACUACCACACCUCCUUCUCUACUCAGCCCCCACUAAAGGCCUGGAUUCCUAGGAAUUCACUGAGCCCACUGGUCCAUAAUGGAACCAAUGUCAGUGUGACCAGUCUGGUGCUGCAAAAAUUGGACCAACGUUUGCCCUACAACUACGAGCAAGUGCUGGGGGACCUCCAGCAUGCCACUCCUGGCCUGGUUCUCGUCAUCGCCAUCAUGGCAGGUGGCAAAGCCUUCACCCAAACAGAGGUCAUCAUGGACUUCGGGCAGACAGGUGGUACCCUGCGCUGUGUCUUCUGGGACUAUCACCUCUUCCAGCAUGCCGGAGGCUGGUCAGAUAAGGGAUGCCAGGCACGGGCAGCUGAUGGCAGCAUUGCCACUCAGUGCAUCUGCCAGCACCUCACUGCCUUCUCUGUCCUCAUGUCCAGGUAUCCUGUUCCAGAAUGCCCUGUGCUGAAGCACCUGAGUCGGGUGGGCUUGAGUACCUCCAUCCUGGCCCUGCUCGUGUGCCUGGGUGUGUACAGGCUGGUGUGGAGAGCCGUGGUGCAGAAUAAAGUCGCCUUCUUCCGCCACGCUGCCCUGUUCAACAUGGCGAUCUGUUUGCUGAUUGCAGAUACUUGGUUCCUGGUCUCCUCAGUCUUUCUUGCAGGGACUCAGGACGUGCUCUGCCUGGCCAUUGCCUUCCUGUGUCACUUCUUCUACCUGGCCACCUUUUUCUGGAUGCUGGCGCAGGCCCUCCUGCUGGCUCACCAGCUGCUCUUUGUCUUCCAUCACCUAUCCAAGUCCCUCGUCCUCUCCCUGAUGGUGACCCUUGGCUACCUGUGCCCCCUGGGGCUUGCAGGUGUCACCCUGGGCCUCUACCUGCCUCGAGGGCAAUACCUGAGUGAAGACACAUGCUGGCUGGACUGGAAGAGUGGGGCCAUCUACACCUUCGUGGGGCCAGUGCUGACCAUCGUGGGUGUGAACGGGCUGGUGCUCGCCACGACUGUGCUAAAGCUGCUGAGACCGUCCCUGUCCGAAGGGCCCCCGGCGGAGAAGCGCCAGGCUCUCACGGGGGUGCUCAAAGCCCUGCUCAUUCUCACGCCCAUCUUCGGCAUCACUUGGGGGCUGGGCCUGGUGACAAUGACGGAGGAAACCUCCGUGGUCCCUCAUUACAUCUUUGUCACCCUCAACACCUUCCAGGGGGUCUUCAUCUUAUUGUUCGGUUGCCUCAUGGACAAGAAGGUGCAGGAAGCCUUACGCAAAUACUUCUGCCACGCCCGAUCCCCCAGCUCUGCCUCCUCCCUGGCCACAAAUGAAACCUACAUCUCUGAAUAAAGCAAGAGAUGA